AUGUCGACAAUUAACAUGCAUCCACCGCAAACGUACUCGCGCCUGUUCCGUCCCUGGGAUACGCAACGCCAAAUGCCAGCGCCACCCGUCAGGGCUGUAAAACGUGAACGUGAACCCGAAACAGUGACCAUCAAAACUGAGCUGCCCAGCAGCAGUAGCUGCUGCUAUGGUCAGGAUUGCGACCGAGAGUCCUCCUCAUCCUCGUCAAGCAGCAGCAGAAGUAGUAGCAGUAAAUCCAGCUAUGAGGAUGGGCUAAACAACAGCUACACACGUACUUCGACUCCUCUGCUAGAUGCCACGCCACAGCCAGCAUUUCCAGCCACCUCAGCUGUGACGCCACAGCAGUUGUCGCCGCAGCCAGCGCCUUUCAUGCCCGCCAACGACUUGUACUAUGCCGCAGCAGCCGCCGCCGCGGCUGCCGCUGCCAACACUCCAGCCGCAGCUGCCUUUGGCAUGGACCCAUUUACGCUUGGUCUGAUGGAACAGGAGUACGCUCGUGUCAUGGCCGAGGAUGCUCAACUAAAGGCGCUGAAUGCUCGCAAGCAGCGACCAAAGAAAUUCAAAUGCCCACACUGCGAUGUGGCCUUCUCCAAUAAUGGCCAGCUUAAGGGACACAUCCGUAUUCAUACCGGUGAACGACCAUUCAAAUGCGACGUAGAAACAUGCGGCAAGACCUUCACUCGCAACGAGGAGCUGACCCGGCAUAAGCGCAUUCAUUCUGGUCUGCGUCCGUAUCCAUGCAGCGCCUGUGGCAAGAAGUUCGGACGGCGCGACCAUCUAAAGAAGCACAUGAAGACGCAUAUGCCGCAAGAGCGCCAGCUGGGACCGGCCAUCUUUAUGCCCAUGUAUCCAUAUUUAUAUGGCUACUAA